AUGGCUAUUUUGAAGCCAUUUCAACUUUUGGAAAUAAAUGUCAUAUCAGCUCAAGAUUUGGAGCCGGUGUCAAAGAAAAUGCGCACCUAUGCCACCGCAUGGGUCCACCCAACCCGGAAGCUCUCCACCCGAGUGGAUGACGAAGGCUACAACAACCCAACAUGGAAUGAUAAGUUUGUAUUCCGUGUGGAUGAGGAGUUCCUCCGCCUCGACACAUCAGCAGUCAUGAUCGAGAUCUAUGCCGUACAUUGGUUCCGUGACACCCUUGUGGGGACGGUUCGUAUCCUCGUGGGUAACCUUAUCCCACCUCCCACUCAGUCCCACCACCACCAUCACUAUCUUGGGAUGCGAUUUGUUGCUCUUCAAGUUCGUCGUCCAUCGGGCCGUCCUCAGGGGAUAUUGAACAUUGGUGUGACAGUGCUUGAUAGCUCCAUGAGAAGCAUGCCUUUGUACACCCAACUAAGCGCCUCAGCCGUCGGUUUUCGUGAUUUGAUGGGGGAGGAAGAUCCACACCACCAGAAUCAAAAUAACGAUCAGCCACUAAUUGUGAAGCCCAUACUACGUCGUACACGAAGCGAACGGAGUGAACGCGUAACCUUUGACAAUGUCUCCAUGACCAACAGCUCCAUUGUUGCAAUUCCACAGAAGGAUUUUCAUGCAAAGGCUGGUUCCAUAAUCAACGGCUCAGAAGCUGGUGACCCCUUAAAGGUCAAAAGCAAAAAAGGGAAGGCUAGCUCGGUAAUUAGAAGUUCGGAACCAAAAGCCCAUAAAGGCCCAAAAGGUAAAGCCAGUUCGAUACUUAGCUAUUCUGUUGUCAGUAGCAAAGAUCCAUCGGAACUAAAAGGCCAUAUUGGCCCAAAAGGUAAAGCCAGUUCGAUAAUUAGCUAUUCUGUUCUCACUAGCAAAGAUCCACCUAAAAUCGAGGUCAAAAAUGAAAAGCCCAAUGAAAAACUUGAGCCCAAAAAGAGUGAUCCACCAACAAAUAAGUUGAUAGCUGAUGAAAAGCCCAUUACAAAAGGUACUGAGUUAGAAAUUGGGCCUCCAAUAGAGAUAACAAAGCCUGCGACAAUUGGAAAGCCCAUUCCAAAAUUCAAUGGAUACGAAUUGGGAGGCCCAAAAGGAUCGUUGACAAAUGGUAAAUUCAUUUUUGGGCCCCCACAAAAGGCGAAUUCUAUUUGGUCCGAAUCAGAAGUGGGCCCCUCGCCAUCAGAGGUGGCUGCAGCUAUGGCCCGGAACAAGUACCCGUUAGAUGAGGAACGGAGCUCCGUGCUUGAUGGGUGGAGCUUAGAUGAGAGUGUUGAAGGGCUUCGGUCCAAGCUCGAGAGGUGGCGGACGGAGCUACCACCACUGUAUGAUCGUGGGUUGUCAUCGAGUAGCUUCCGGUCGACUAGUCAGCAUACACGGCGGAACAGUGAUGGUGGAAGUGGGUUGUUCUCAUGCUUUGGCAACAUAUAUGGAUAUGAAUGCCAAUGUAUUUGUGGUAAGCCUCCAGGAAGAAAAAGCCUUGGUACCCGGUUCCAUAGCCCAUCCAUUGGCAGUGCGGGUCGGUCAUUCCUUUGA